UUCUCGGUCCAACUAUAAUCUGCAAAGGUGCUGGGCGAAGCACACUCGUGUUGUAAAGCUCUCACCUAGUUGCCUAAACACAAUACGCUUGUUUUGACCGACGCAACAACGGUUGAAAGAUGAGACUCGCACUUUUGUUGUGUUUCUUCAGUUUUAUUUGGUUGGCUGACUGUGCACCACCGACAUGCUAUUCCCGAGUGCUCGGCUUGAGCAAGGAAAUAAUAGGCCUUUUGGCAAAACUACACAAUUAUCAUCGCACGAAAACAUGCGUUGAGAUUCUGCCCAAGAUGUUUCUGGAUGCGCAAAAUUCGUGCAUCAAUACCAAGCUCCGUGACUUCCUCUAUGUCAUGGAGAACCUUCCUACACAGUACUGCAGAGAGCGACCCAGGAUCGUGUUGUUGAAGCAGAAAGUCAGCAACCUGUACAGAAUCAUCAACAGAAUCUGUUAUCGGGACCUGGUGUAUUUUACAGAUGACUGUGAGGCCAUUGAGACUGGCCAGAGUACCCCUCACUACAGAGAGGACAGGCUCCAGAUGCUGGUGGAAGAGAAGAGAUGAGCCCAUCCAGAGACAAACACGCAUACACGGGAAUAUAAUUGUGAGGGCAUGUAAACUCUGUUUCACUCACACACACACAUACAUAGCACCACACACAACUGUAGCUAAAAAAACAUGCCAACAUAGUUUAAUUUCUAACCUUUAAGCCUAAAGAUUUGAGUUUUUUGUCCAAGUGAGGUCUCAUGUUAGAUGGCAUGUGACUGGUUACAUUUCAAAUGGAGAACUUUCCACAGGAAAUUAGCUGAAUACCAGCUAUUCUGAUGAAAACCUUUUACCAGAAUAAACCAAAAUGUUUGUGUGCCUCACUUACCGCUGCUUACCUACCACACUGUUCGAAAGGCAUGCCUUAUUUAUCCAAAUAUCGUGUAUGUUUCCAUAACUCUUCAUACAUACCGAGGUCCCAGCUCGUACAUCCCUGAGAAAAGAUUGAUUACCUCAUGCUGAUUGUAUGACUAGGCCUAGUCUUUAACCUAAACUCUAGUAAUGUAUCUUGUUCAGCUAUAGGCUAUACUUAAUCAUGAUUGCAUUUUCUUGUAAUUGGUGCAGUAGGCUAUACAUAUGUGUAUUAGUUAUAUGUAUGUAAUAAAACAACUUUUUUAAUGCU